AUGAUUGACAACCGCCAAUGCCAAACCCACACUCGCACCCCCUGGGGCUCCUCCCCCCACCGCUACGACCCCCGCCUCCGCUACCUCGUCAUGGGCCUCCUCUGCGCCUCCGUCCUCGCCGUCUUCCUCAUCAGCCUCGUCUUUGUCGGCAACUCCGCCGUCAAAGCUUACUCCUCUUCCUCCUCUUCCUCCUCGUCCUCCGAUGACGACGACGGGAAUCACGACUUACCUUCAUCGACCAAGCUGCUGCCUUCGUCGACAACGGGAAUCAAUACUACCGAGCUAAAUCAUACUACAUAUACCUCAGAUAGCGUCACUGUUACUGUCAGCCUACAGACGCUGCUUCAAACUACAAUAACGGUACCAAUCGGUGAUGCCUACACAGCGCUCCAAACGACAGUUACGGUACCAUUCGAUGGUUCCUCUACAGCAGACAUUGGAUAG